GGGACAAGGACACCGGCGACCCGUCCCCACCCCCGGCGCCCGCCGUCGGCCAUGGGGAACGGCAUGAGCCAGAUCCUUCCUGGCCUCUACCUUGGGAACUUCGUUGAUGCCAAAGACCUGGAGCAGCUAAGCCGGAACAAAAUCACCCACAUUGUUUCGAUCCAUGAAUCCCCCCAGCCCUUGCUGAAGGACAUUACCUACCUCCGCAUCCCCCUGCCUGACACCCCUGAAGCCAACAUCAAGAGGCACUUCAAGGAAUGCAUCAGUUUUAUCCAUCAGUGUCGCCUGCAUGGAGGGAACUGCCUCGUCCACUGCCUUGCUGGCAUCUCCCGCAGUACCACCGUGGUCGUUGCCUACGUCAUGGUUGUCACGGAGCUGAGCUGCCAGGAGGUGCUGGAUGCCAUCCGAACCAUCCGGCCCGUCGCCAACCCCAACCCCGGUUUCAGGCAGCAGCUGUCUGAGUUCGGCGGCAGCGCAGCCCGCAAGGUCCGCAAGCACCUGAAGCAGAGGUAUGGGACGUCCCCUUUCAAUGAUGAGGAAGAAAUAAAGGCCUUGCUGCCAGUAGGGAGAGAAGGAACAUCCAAGACAGAGGGAGCUGUGCAAGGACUGGUCCCAAGAGCCAGAGACAUGAGGAGCACAAGUCCCUUCCUGCUGCGGGUGAAGAGGACGUUCUCCUGCAUCCCGGCUUGUUUGAAGUGACCCAAGCCAAGGGAGAGCAGUGAGCAUCACCCAACAGCCUGUGAGAGCUGAAGGAGAUGCAACACAGUGGGACAGGGAGCACUGGGCAGGGACCUGCACAAAGCCCAGCUCCUUCUCUUCUGGGUUGGGAACGCUCCACCCUCUGUCUGGGCAGGUUUCAUGGACACUGUUGGGCUUUCCAGCACAUGCUGGGCUCAUCUUCACAUCCGGUGUGCUGGGGACACAGGUCUCUGCCCCUGGGUCACUGCAAGCUCCUGCUUGGGGCAGAACACAGAGGGGGUUUCUUCUGCCACAGGCCAGUACCCAGGUGUUGCCAGCAGCAGCUUUAGCACGUGGGUACCCACUGCAUGGCCUCAGGGUGUACGGGAGAGCCAGUGCUCCCCUCAGAGCGGUUUUCCCACCAGCAGCACAAGCUCCCAGUGUCCAGGCUGCUGUGGAGCAGGGACACACCAGUGUGCCAGCAGGUAAUGCUACCACACAGGCUCCCAGGCAAUGUUCCAGCUCCAGACUGGCCAAGCACAAGCCCUGAGCAAGCACUGUAGUUUUAGGAAUCCAUCACACCCCAUUCCCACCUAUCCCAGGGCACAAUCUGUAACAGGUGGGAACCAAGCAUUUAACCUGGCCAGACCUCACUAGAGCAGAGCCUUAAGCCAUUUUGCUUAAAGACUUUCUAUGUCCCCCAGUAAUAAACACCCUUCUCUGUGGUCUGA